AUGCUGCCCUUGUGGGUGGCGGGGGUGGCCGCCGGGCUCGCCUCGCUGCGCCUCCUGCAGCAGCUCUUUUUCCCUUACUUCUGGGCUGACCUGAAGUUCUUGCUGAAAGUGGCGGCGUACGGGCUGACGGUGGAGAGCUACCGCCUGCGGGGCAGGAUUUGUUCCGUGCUGGACAAGUUUGUGAGGCGGGCCGCAAAGCAGCCCGGGAAAGCGUUCUUGGUCUACGAAGGGAAGGUUCACACCUACGGGGAUGUGGACCGGAGGAGUAACCGGAUGGCCCGGCUUUUCCUCAAAGAAGGGACGCUGAAAAGGGGAGACACUGUGGCCCUGCUGAUGAGCAAUGAGCCCGAUUUCAUCCAUGCGUGGUUUGGGCUGGCCAAGCUGGGCUGUGUUGUGGCUUUCCUCAAUUUCAACAUCCGGUCCAGGUCCCUCAUGCACUGCAUCAGCAGCUGUACACCCAAGGUGCUGCUGGUGGGAGCAGAUAUGCUUGGGACCUUAGAAGAAAUUCUUCCUAGCCUCCAAGAUGAUAUAAGAGUAUGGUUGAUGACAAAAGAAUCCACUUUGUCACAUGUUGAUACCAUUUUAGACAAACUGGAUGAUGCCUCUGAUGAUCCCAUACCAGAUAAUCUCCGUAUUGCUAAGAGUCUAAAAGACCCUCUCCUCUACAUUUUUACUUCAGGAACAACAGGUUUGCCUAAGGCUGCAGUUAUCAGUCACACGCAGGUCCUAAAAGGUGCUGCUGGAUUAUGGGCAUUUGGUGCAACUCCUGAUGACAUCAUUUAUAUAACUCUCCCUCUUUACCACAGUGCAGCUUCUCUUCUUGGCAUUGGUGGAUGUAUUGAAUUGGGCGCAACAUGUGUUCUUAGAAAGAAAUUUUCAGCCAGUCAAUUCUGGAGUGAUUGCAAAAAAUACAAUGUUACUGUUGUUCAAUACAUUGGGGAACUGUGUCGUUACCUCUGCAAACAACCUGUGAAAGAAGGAGAAAAGCAUCACAAAGUUCGCCUAGCGGUUGGAAAUGGAAUAAGGACUGAUGUCUGGAAAGAGUUUUUACUCCGGUUUGGUGACAUCAAGAUAUGUGAAUUGUAUGGUGCAACCGAAGGAACAAUUUGCUUCAUGAAUCACACAGGCAAAGUGGGAUCUGUGGGCCGGACCAAUUUUUUUUAUAAGCUCUUUUUCCCUUUUGACUUGAUUAAGUAUGAUUUUCAAAAAGAGAAGCUAAUCAGAAAUAAACAUGGAUGGUGUGAAAGAGUUAAGAAUGGUGAGGCUGGCCUUCUAAUAUCCAAAGUGAACUCAAAUAAUCCAUUCUUUGGCUAUGCUGGCAAUAAGAAAGAUACAGCAAAGAAAUUACUCUGUGAUGUGUUUAAGAGGGAAGAUUGCUAUUUCAAUACAGGAGAUCUGAUGGUCCAAGAUCACGAUAAUUUCCUUUACUUUUGGGACAGGACAGGAGAUACAUUCAGAUGGAAAGGUGAGAAUGUUGCCACUACAGAAGUUUCUGAUGUCAUUGGUAUGUUGGAUUUUAUACAGGAAGCCAAUGUUUAUGGGAUUUCUGUGCUGGGUUAUGAAGGGAAAGCAGGCAUGGCCUCUGUCAUCUUAAAGCCUAAUAAAUCUUUAGAUUUGGAAAAACUAUAUCAACAUGUGGUGACAUAUCUACCCAGCUAUGCUUGUCCCCUAUUUUUAAGACACCAGGAAAUAAUGGAAGUUACAGGAACUUUCAAGCAACAAAAAUUUCACUUGGUGGGGGAAGGAUUUAAUCCAUCUGCAAUCAGUGACCCACUUUAUUUUUUGGACAAUUCUAAAAAAUCUUACGUUCUAUUAACCAAAGAACUGCAUGAUAAGAUCUUAUCUGGGCAGGUGAAACUUUAA